UUGUUGUUCUCCUGUGGUGGGUGCGUGUGGAGGGCCGGCGGGAGGGGGAACUGCCGGGUGCUGAAUCCGAGCCUCUCCCUAUUCCGCGUGCCCCCGCUUCCCACCGCUGCCGCGGGCGGCACGGGGUUGCCGCUGGGAGCCGCCGCCGCCUGGGCAAGACGAAGAGCCAUGGCUGCCGCCCUGGGAGGAGGCGCAGAUGAUGACUUUGAUCAGUUUGAUAAGCCUGGUGCAGAAAGGUCUUGGAGAAGAAGAGCUGGAGAUGAUGACUGGGACAGUGAACUUGAUGAUGACUUGCUUGGAGAGGAUUUGCUAACUGGCAAAAAGAAUCAGUCAGACUUGUCAGAUGAAGAGCUGAAUGAUGAUCUUCUGCAAAGUGACAAUGAAGAGGAACAAGAAUUUCGUUCUCAAAGUGUCACAGUUAGCCUCAAUGCUACAUCUGGCAUACUUACAUCAUAUGAUCUCUCUGAGACCAUCAACGAUCCAUCACUAGAACAUGAAUCCGAGUAUGACCAAGGGGAAGAUGAAAUUGGUUAUGACAAAUCUGAAGCAUCUGACGUAUAUGCUUCAGAGUAUGCAGAGGAAGGACAUUAUGAAGGCAAUGAUCCUGAACUGACUGAAGACCAAAUAGAAUAUGGGGAAGAGCCUGGAGAAGAAGAUGAAGUGCUAGACCUUGAAAUCAAUGAACCCCUAGAUGAAUUUCCAGAUGAAGAUUACAUGCAGUCAUAUAAUGAGCAAGGAAUGGAAGAACAAGAAUAUACAGCUGAUGAGGAGCUGGAAGAAUCCCAUGCAAUGGCAAAUGAAUCAGAAGCAGCUAUUGCAUCUCUGGAACUUCAAGAAGAAAGAAAAGAAGAAUCUGAUGAAGAGGAGGAUGACGACGAAGAGUCUGGCCGACUACGUUUCAAAACUGAACGGAAAGAAGGAACGAUAAUUAGGCUCUCAGAUGUGACAAGAGAAAGAAGAAACAUUCCAGAAACUUUGGAACUUUCUGCAGAAGCCAAAGCAGCAUUACUUGAAUUUGAAGAGAGAGAAAGGCAGCUUAAACAGGGACGGUAUGGCUCAAGGAGAGGAGGGCGAAGAGGAGGCUCAGUUAUGUGCCAUGGAAUGGGAGAACAAAGGAGAGACAAUGAUAGGGGAAGAAUGAAGGAUCACAGGCCUGCACUGCUGCCAAACCAGCCAACAAUGACGCAUUCACAGAGGUUAAUUCCAACACACCAGCAACCUGUUAGGAGUCUGUUCCAGCAGCAGCAACAGCAGCACCACCACCAACAGCAACAGCAGCAGCAGCAGCAACAACAGCAGCAACAGCAGCAGCAGCAACAGUUACAAUCUCUGCUUCCUUUACAGCAUCAGCAUCAUUCUUCUCCUCCUCCAGGGCUACAUAUGCCCCCUCAGAUAGAAACGCCUAGAAUAAUGAUGACUCCACCUCCAGUGACACCUCAGCAACCGAAGAACAUACACAUAAAUCCACAUUUCAAGGGGACAGUAGUGACACCUGUACAAGUGCCCUUGCUGCCAGUUCCAGCCCAGCCACGACCUGCUGUAGGACCCCAGAGAUUUCCUGGCCCUCCAGACUUCCAGCAGCAUACACCUGGACCAGUUCCCACCAACUUCUCCCAAGCCCCGAGGCUGCCAAUCCAGGACCAGUGGAGAGGGCCACCACCACCUCCACCACCACUCCCUCCUCCACCUCCUCAGGAAAGAGAUCCUUUCUUCAUAGCAGAUCCAAGGUUUCCAAGUCAUCCCUUAUUUGAGCAACGAAGCCCCCCACCACCGCCACCUCCUCCACUUCUUAAUAGUGCACAUCCUGUCCCUACCCAAAGUCCAAUGCCAUUCAACCAGCCCGGACCAGCGUUCGGUCAGCAGGGCCAGCAACCGGUGUUCCCCAGGGAGCGGCCGGUUCGUCCGAACUUGCAGCCUCAAGGUCCUGUGGGGAUUCUCCACUUCAACCAGCCAGGUUCAGCAAAUCCACGGCCGUUUAUCCCUCCAAGACAGCAGUUCCUGCAGGCUCCAGGACAGCCCUUCCUUGCUGCACACACACAGCCCACCAUGCAGGGUCCCUUGCAUCCUCCAUUACAGCCUCAGCCGCAACCUCAACCUCAGCAGCACCAUCACCAGCAGCAGCAACACCAUCACCAGCAGCAGCAACAGCAACACCAUCAUCAUCUUCAAGGGCCACCACAGCCCUUGAUGCCCAUGAACCAGCCACAGUUCAGGCCUCACAUGCCGGCCACACAGCAGCAGCCACCAAAUAACAACAGGAUGCAGUGUCAGCCACGACAGGGUCCAAUGAAGCCAAGGCAUAGUACACCAUCACAAAAUAUUGUCAAGCGUCCAAAUCAGCAGCUACAGUCAACUGCUCCAAGAAAUAGUAACUUGCGUGAGUUGCCGAUAGCACCAUCACAUGCUAUGGAAAUGAACAACAACAGACGAACCUCCACUCCAGCUGCUCAGGUCAAACCCAUUACCAGCACGAUGUCUGCCACCAAGUCUGUAGCUGGUGUUGGAAACUCACAGGGAAGGCCUGAGAUGAAAGCCAAAGCAAUCACACCAGUGGGCCAAGCAAAAUCAGAAGUAAAAUCUGAACCAGAGUAUCCAGAUGAAGAUGAAGAAACUAGAUUGUAUCGCUUGAAGAUAGAAGAGCAGAAGCGUCUAAGAGAAGAAAUCCUGAAACAAAAGGAGCUGAGACGGCAGCAGCAGGCUGGUGCUAGAAAGAGAGAAUUGCUUGAAAGACUUGCGCAGCAGCAGCAGCAACCUUCUACGCAACAGUCCUACAUGCAGCAGGAGGACGACUCAUCCGAGUACCCCACCAAUGGCAGCCCUUACGUAUCCCACUCUGGCUUACAGACCAGGCAAAAUGUGAAAAACAGACUCCUUGUUAGAAAGCAAGAUACAGUAGUACCAAAUAUCCAACCCAAACCCACAGAUUUCCCACAGGUUGGGGCAAAUAUGCAGUAUCAAGGACAGCAGAUGAAGCCAGUGAAGCAGCUGAGGCAGACUAGAACAAUACCUUUGAGUUCACCUCAGGCGCCACAGAAAGUAUUGCAGACAAAGCCUGCUGCAGCAUCACUACCCACAACACAGACUGCUCGAGUGGCUUCGGUACAAGCAAGGCCACAGGAACUGAAAUCUGGCGUGAAAAGGACUGUCAUGCACCGGACAAACUGUGGUAGUGGAGAUGAGCCCCAUGUCGGCAGCAAAGUCAGGGUGAUUAAGUUGUCAGGAGGGCAGGGGGGAGAUGAUGCUGGCUUUUUUCACCCAGAGGGCCAGCCCCAGCGGCCUCAACAACCCCCGGAGCCGAAACAGCAGCCAGUGCGGAAGGUCACAUUGACAAAAGGAAUGCAACAGCAGCAGCACCACCAAGAGCAGCAGCAGGCACAGAUCCAUUCACCAGCUCCUCAAGGGGUCAAAAACAUCCAGGGAAUCCAUCAGCCUAAAAAGGUCAUUAUGCAUGGCAGAGGCAGAGGAGUAGCAGGCCAGAUGGGCCGAGGACGCUUGAUGCCAAAUAAACAGAACCUGCGAGUUGUGGAGUGCAAACCUCAGCCCUGUAUUGUGUCAGUUGAAGGGCUUUCUUCAUCAACUACUGAUGUCCAACUGAAAAACCUGCUGAUGUCAGUGGGACCCAUUCAGAGUUUACAGAUGCUUCCUCAACAACGGAAGGCCAUAGCAAAAUUUAAGGAGCCAGCGCAUGCUUUAGCAUUUCAACAGAAAUUCCACAGGCACAUGAUAGAUCUGUCCCACAUAAAUGUGGCACUGAUAGUUGAGUGAUGACUGCUGAGAGAAACCCUGACACUAACAGAAGCAUACUGUGGAGCUACAUGAGGCACAGUGGCAAAACCAUCGGGUUGUGAAACCUUUCAGCGUAGUCUUUAGUUGCUAACUACAGAAAGCAGCAAGAUGUUCUUCAGAAGAGCAGAACUUGAGAGGAUCUGCAAAGGUGGAAUUUCUGUUAGGUUUGUUCACGUUCUGUUGUAACCACAUGGAACUACAGAGUCUUUUUCAAAACACUUUCAAUGCACGUAGACACUGUUCUUCAAGAUCCUACUGUGUGACCACAGUGACUUGAGAGAGAACGUUUACAUCGAAAGAUUUAAAAACUUUCUCCAUAGCAAAGAAUAUUUGAUAAUGGUUGCUCUUAUCUUCAGUUUUGAAUGAAAACUCACUUUUCUAAACAAAACACAUUAGCUACAUUGUAUAUCUGGGAGCAUAGAAGGUAUUCUUGCAUAGAUUUAAACGUGGUCUACUUCGCUGAACAGCAGUAUGCUGAGAAGCUAUGGAGGUGACACUGGAAAAUUGUAGUUCUGAUCUUUGUAAAUAAGUUAAAUCCGUCUUUGCAUUUUUCUAUUUCAACACAGACUUCCAUCUUCUCCUUCCAACUCCACUUACUCCGUAAAACCCUGCGUAGGAAUAACAUUGCUGUAUUUUCCCUUGGGUUUUAAAAACAAGGAUCUUUGCCCUUCGGUAGCAUUGUGGGGUGGUGAACUCCAAGUUGUAAUUAGGUUGUUUUAGAUGAUGCUGCCAGAUACAAGGAAAAAUAAAUAUUUGGUGGCUCACUUCAAAAAUGUUACAUAGGAAGAGUGGUGCAUUCCUAAUAGUUCUCUUGGGUUAGUGUUUAAUGAUUGCCUUAUGCUUUAUUUUGAUUUGAGUUUUUUUUCUUUGGGAUUUAUUUUGUGACUAAUGUUGAACCAUAAGAAACCCAUAACUGAAAGGACUUGGUUUGAUGUGGUGUUCCCAAUAAAAUACAGGGCUAUAAGGACAUUGCGAGUCUGCCGGUGGACAUGGCAGUUCCCAAAAUUAUGUGCAAACAUUAAGGAGCUUAUAUUUUAUUCAAAGUAAAAUCCAUAUUAUUUCCUUUUGGAUAAGAACCAUCUAGAUGGUGUUGCCAAAGGAACGAUUUUUUCAAUUACUUCUGAAUAAACUUAUUGCAAUGUCAUCUUUAUAUUGGAUUCCAGUUUUUAUGAACACUUCCUUAGUUUUAGACCAUGAGCUUUUGGUUCAUCCUUUAUUUUAGAAAUACUCUUAAGUACCCCACUUACUGCUUGAAGGUGGGGAUUUACAGAAACCUUACAGGUUUGUUACCUGAGUGACCGCAGGAGAACACUAUUGGUAUGUAAUGAAACAGCUGCAAAUGGGGUCCACAAUAGGCAUGUGAAAUGUAGAAGGUGAACUAAGCAAGCUUAUAGCACCAUAAAGUACCAUAUAGUACCAUUUUUUAAAAUUCUUUUAAUUUUUUAUAAAGAUUUAAUGGUAACUAAGUCACAAAGACCUAAUUGGCUUUCUUACAGUUUUGAUCCAGAUUUUCAGUAAAGUAGAAGUUACUAAAAAUGAUUGAAUAAUAAAAUACGUCAAAAAUCUAGGUAAAACUGCUUUUUUUCAUUGAAAUAAUAAUGUAGUGCAUUGGAAACACUGUACUGGGAAAGAAAGCCCAUUUACAGCUUAGUAAUGUGACACUUUUGUACAGAAGUGAGUUUUGAGUUUUGCAUCUGUCUCUGUAGUUCCCCAUUUGUGCUUAAUAGUUAAUAACAUCCAGCACAAUUACUACAUAUAAAGUUCUAUUAAUGCUUCAGGUAGAUCCAGACCCAGGACAGAGAACAAGCUGCAGGUAGGAGGUGCCCAGUGGCAGCUGACCCUGAAGACUCACACGAGGUGAUCUGCCCCAUGCUGCUGAACAUCUCACACUGUGAGCACUAGGAUCCUUACGCUGCCUCCUUAGGUUAUCUAGUUUUUAUUUUUUAAGAAUUAAAUGCUUAUCUUUAAAACAAGUCAUGAAACAGUUGUUCAUCUCACUGUUGGGGAGCAGCUUCUUGCAAUGGGAAGGAUGGCAAGAUGUCUUGGAGUGGAGUGAUAAUAGUGCAUGUCUGGAAAUCUGGGUUAGAUGCAAAUGCCAGACAGGCCAGCAACUGAGUUCAGCAGUAGGAACAUCUGCAGCUGAUCAGCUGUCCUGUCAGAACCAAUUGUUAUUGGCGUUAGAGUUUCUUGGAGCCUAAGAAUAUGGGUUUGAUUCAAAAGUCAAAGAAGUUUGUAGAACUGCUCCUGCUUUGGGUUUUGAAUCUAUCCCAAAGAGGCUGAGGUCCAGCCAGCUUCAGUUGGAAGAAUUUUUAUUCAGUUGGGGUUAAAAAAAAAAGAUUUUUGAGAUGAAUGUUUGGUUUUGGAUUAAAGACCUGAGAUCACCUCACGUCUAUUUAGAUGCUGGAGGCAACAUAAGCAGUGCCUGCUUAGUGACUAUAUGCACCCUCUUUAAAGGCAGUUGCAGUAGUAUUACUUGUUCAUAGGCAGGGUACAGGUGGGUCGGUGGUGAUCAUUUUAGCUGCUUAUUGCAGUACCUGAGUAUCUUACUAUAUGUAAACAUACUACAUGUAUGUGUGUCUAUACGUAUUUUUUUAUAAGCAUACAUACAUACACCCUGUGUUGUCACCAUCUCUCUCUAAUAUCUUAAAAAACUCAGUAGCAAAAGUAGCAGUUAGGUGAGUCAUUUGUUAAAAUGUGUUUUGUUAGUUCUCAAAUCCUAACUUAAAAAUGGAUCUCUUGGCAAAGAUCACCUUGGGUGAUACAGCUCUUUUAGAUCCCGUUGUUGUCUCCUCCCAAAAAAAACCCAAAGGAAGUAGAGGUAAAGCUAGAAGGAUGUGUUCUUGCCAUGUUCUCUUUCAGCACAUAGUUAAAUCUGAGCAUCUCAAGUUAACUUUCUUGGAAGAUCUGUUGCAACCAUUAUCUUGUUCUUUCUUUAUCAUGUGUUCAAAAUACAAUGCAAAAUGCUGGGGGGCUGGGGAGGGGGGGAAGGCAUUUAAUGUAGUAUGUAAAUAUUGACCUUUUAAAAUUAAAAUGUUACUCAAAGUGCUUACAGUCAACCACAUCUUAGCUCUUUGUUAGGUUUUUUUUGUGUUGUCUCAUCAAAGUUUAAUGGAUACAGUUCCAUAAAUGUUGAUGUGUUUUUGUGUAUAUCUCCAAAUUUUUAUAAAGAUGCUAGUAAGUCAAUACAUAUAUCCUCAUCUGUGUAUUAUUUGUUCACAGUUUUUAUUAGCAUAACUUUAUAAAGAUUUUAAUAGGCACCUCCAGGAGGUGAUUAUAUGAAACCAACUUUUUUUUUCCCCAAAUUCUUUUGUUUUCUUCUUGUAGCACUGGAGAGUUUAUUUUAUAACUAAACAUAUUUUGCCUUGCCUAAGAGAUUGGAUUGGCCGUAUGAGCUGUGGUGUUUUAGUAGAAUGUUCUACCUUCUUUUUAUUAUUAAAAAAAUAAAAAACUUGUCCUUUAACUUUUGAGGGGAAAUACAGUGCACUGUCAGACCAAGGCAUGGGGUUUCUAGGUUUGUUCCAUUGUGCUGUGCAAGUGCAAAUGAGGUCUGUCAUGUAAUAUUGUUCUCCAAAGUUUGGGGUAUUUUGGUUUUACACAUAUUUCAAGUCGGUCAUGUAACACAUUGGCUCAUCAGAAUGCUGGUAACUAGUGUGGCACAUGCUGUAUGAUGAAACAGUGUGCAGUGCUCGGAAAGCUCGGUGUAGUUGAUGCCAAGCAGGAGGAGAACAGGUCCAUAGCAUCUCAUAGCUGGAGGAGCAAAUGUUCAUCUCGGAGAAGGGUAAAGAAUAAAUUUAGACAGGGAUAUUGUUCAUGGCCCACAUGCAUUUCCAAUGCAACUUAUGGGAAGAAGAGUGUAUACUGGCACCCCUCUGUAAUGUAUCGUCAGAUACCCAAUUUAUUCCCCCAUUUAAAUCUUGAAGAUUCACUUCAGAUUUCCAAAUUUCUGUUUAAAAAAGAAGUCUUUCCAGCCAUUUAAAUGCCAGGCAGAGCGAGUAUUUAAUGUUAGGUUUCCACUGCAAGGAUAUAGGUAAUUUUUUCAUAAAGCUGUGGGUUAUUUCAGAAGUAUCUUGGGGGUCUUCGUUGUUUUUUCUUAACUUUAUCUGGCUGCUUGGAAUAAGAAAAAAAAAACAUUCACUUCAUGCUGAAUGUUCAAUACAUAUUUUUAAACAUAGUAUCUUUUAUCUGUUUAACUUGAAAUUGUGCCCUUUUCCCAGAAGCUGCUGUAGGCGCUUCCUCUGGGUACACACAGUAACUGCGUGUCUGUAUGUGUGUGUGGGUGCUGUGCCUUACAGCUGGGGUGAGAGGGGUGGUGGGAGGUGGGCAUGGGCAUUUCUUGUGGGGUUUUUUGCCUGUUUUUUGUCUAACUUGGGAGAUAUCCUGGAUCUGUUCUCUGGUGUAGCAUUGUGUUGUUCUUGUCCUUCGCGUAGUGCUGUGUUUGUUACGUGAGUCGUAGUUGAAGGUUGAAAUCUGCCUUUGCCUCUUUGCUGUCAAAAAGGCAUUUUUUGUUCAGAGAGACACGAACCCUUUUUUCUUUUUUAAUUUUUUUUGUUUUCAUUUUUUUUUAGCAGCAUGUUGGAUGAGGAAUUAAAUGUGAAGGAAACAAAUCCUGAACAGAUUGCAGAAGGUCAGCUGUGUUAUAAAGGUCAUUUAGGGUAACAUAGGGCUUUUGUUUCAAUGUUACCUUAAAUCAUGCCUUAACCUCUAAGUAAUUCAUAAACAUAAUACUUGAAAGUAUUUUAUCUUUAAUUAAUACCAAAUCCUAAGGAUUUUAUGUAAGGUUUUUUUGUAACCUGUUUUUUAAUCGUGGAGAUUACUUAUCCACAUGAGCACAGGGUCUUGUGUACGAAAACACUGAUUCAUAUUGGAUCCUUACGUAUACCAACUUCUGGUAUAAUAUGGUUGGGAAGGAUCAUUUUGUUCUUCAUAACACUGCUUUUUGCAGGGUUGGGGUUUUUUUUUAUAGACAAAACCAAAACACUUCCAUUUGCUACUUCUGUGCUUAUUUUGGUGGGAAGUAUGGUCCUUAUUGCACUAAAGAAAACCUAAAGGGGAAAGUUAAUGUCACUGGGUCUUCUAGGUGCCUGUGUUGCUUUCUCUUUUCUUGGUUGGAUGCACUGAUUUUUCUAACUAACUGGAAGUGGGCUUUAUAUACACGCUGUAUUUCAACAGGUUACACUGCUUUUAUUUGCUGUAACAGCACUUGGGUUAAGUGAUUCUUGCCAUACAGUUUAAAACAGUAUUACAGAUUAAGAAUAUUUUUAUAAAAGAACCUGUGUACAGUUAAGUGUAGCCGUAUUGCAUUGUUGUGUGUAGUCACUUGGAAGAUCACCAUUUAAGGCACUGCUGUGUUUAAGUUUAUGUUUGCUUAGUGGUUCAGGAUUUUCAUUGUGCGCAUCAAAUAGUUUUUAAUACACAUUGUAUUUUUUCGUAGUGUCUGUCAUGCUGACUUUGGAACCUUACAGUUUUAUUUCUGUUUAUAUAUUAACAAAACCAUUUUUUGCAGGAUUUCUUUUUUAGAUGGUGAAACUUCUUUUGACGCUUUAACUUGUAAUUAAUACACAUUUCCACUUACAGCAGAGACAAGAUGCUAACACUCAUUUAUUCACAGCUGGUCUUCUGUUGCAUUGCAUACAGCUUUUAUUGAUGCGAUGCCUUUAGAAUACAUCAGCUUUCUUUUUUUUUCCUGGGGUAUCCUUUGCCUCUGCCCUGUGCUUUACCUCAUUUCCAUCUCAUUUGCCCCUGUUUUUUCAUUCCCACAAGGAUAUUUGUAUCCUUGUUACAUUCCUGCCCUUUUCACUCUCUGCUCAUCUCUCUGCACUUUUUACUAUUGGAGUGCACUGCAUUCAAUCUUAAGCUCUAUUUUCUGGUCUUACAGUUCUUGUGAGGAUACCUGAAGCCUGGAAGCACAUCCUGCUGUACUUUCAUUUGCAGGCUUUGGUCCAUAAAGUUGAGGUUGCUUUUACAGGUAUUGCGCCUUAGGAGAUGCUGCCCAUCCCGAAGCACUGGAGAAGCAUCACUUAACAGUUUUGCUUUGCAGUUUUACCCGUGCUGGAGAAUUAAAACAUUUUGUUUACAUGCUCUAGCAUUUGCAGCAAGCCAGGCGAAACAGGAUUAACAACUCUUUUAUCUUUUUCACUUUUUCAGGAGUUCUGUUCUUGAAUUCAGUGAUAGUAAUAGCACUGUUUUUUUUCUAUUGCCACGUACAAAUAUGAACACUGUCGACAUGAUUUUACCUCCUAUUACUAUUACUGAAUGUGAUCCUUCCUAACCUGUAAAGUCUUAAGUGCUGUAUAUAUGUGGGGAUUUUGAGAACCACUUCAAAUGUAUUGCUCUAAUAUGGAUUACAGAGUUUGUUCAGUAGCAGUUCAGGAUAUAAAUUCAACAGCCGACUCUAUCAUACUGACUCCACUGGGAGUUCGUCUGCCUCAUGUUCCCUACGGCAUCAUCUGCACACAGUGUUUACUACUGAUUUCUUGAAUGUAAUACUGAAGUAUAUCAAAUCCUGCACUUCCAUAAGAGACCUUUGUUGUACCUAUUUAAGUGAAUGUAAAAAUGGAAACACAAGAUGAUCUCAUGUACAAGUUUUUUUACAUGUAAUUUUAUGUUUGAAAUGUCAACAUGUGAAUCUAUUUAUUGUACCUAAAAUAUGUCAAUAAAAUUUGAUCGUUAUCGUA